AUGCCACCUCCGCUCCCGUCCUCCCAUCGCGGGAUGACCGCGAACCCACUCAAGCCCGUGAGUCGUUACCGCCCUGGAAAAGCGAUCGCAGAGGAACCAUCUUCGUCUGAAGAGGAAGAGGAAGAAGAGGACAUCGAGGCGCAAAAGGAACAAGAACGUCAACGAGCCGAGGCGCAGCGACGCAGACAGCAGGCCCCCAAGGCUAGCUCAUUCCCCGCUGCUGCUGCCCGCAAAGUCCAAGAGGAGGAGGAGGAAGAAGACGAGGAGGGAUUUGUGACGGAGGACGAGGACGAGGAAUCCACACAACCUGCGCCUACAAAGGCUGCGCCACCGGCCCAGGGCAUCCCAGAACGGCCGACAGUACCGAAAACAGCUCUAGGAGCGCGAGCGGGAGAGAGCUCAGAGGAAAAGGAAGGCUCUGAAGAGGAGGAAGAAAGCUCAGAAGAGGAAAGCAGCUCGGAGGACGAAGCACCACGGCGGAUGCUAAUACGACCUACGUUCAUCAAGAAGGACAAGCGAAAUGCAGCGGGGCAAGGUGCUGAAGCACAAUCGCAAGCUCCCAUCAGCAGCGCCGACUCCGCAGCCGAUAAUGAGUUGCGCCGCGCCCAGCGGCAGGAGAAGGCGGAUCAGUUGGUGCGGGACCAACUAGAGAAGGAAGCAAUCGCGCGAUCAUCGGCGCACAAAGCCUGGGACGAGGAUGAGGUUGUGGAAGCCGACGACGAAGAAGCCAUUGAUGACCGGGAUGGUGUGGACCCAGAAGCAGAAUACGCGGCGUGGAAACUGCGGGAGCUGAAGCGACUCAAGCGUGAGCGCGAGGCCAUCGAAGAAGCGGAGAAGGAGCGCGAAGAGAUCGAGCGGCGGCGCAACCUCACAGCUGAGGAACGGGACCGUGAAGACCGCGAGUUCCUGGCGCAACAGAAAGAGGACCGCGAGGCGAACCGGGGCCAGACUGGGUUCAUGCAGCGUUACUUCCACAAGGGCGCGUUCUUCCGGGACGAUCAGGAAAAGGAGGGUCUGGACCAGCGUAAUGUUAUGGGACGACGCUUUGUCGACGAUGUUGCACGCGAGACACUGCCUCAGUAUAUGCAGGUUCGUGAUAUGACGAAGCUCGGCAAGAAAGGACGCACUCGCUACCGGGAUCUCAAAACUGAGGAUACGGGUCGGUUUGGCGAGGGCUACCAGAACCGGCGACGGCAAGAUGGCCCUCCCAUUGGCAUUACAGACGAACGUUUUAUGCCAGACCGUGGGAAUGACUGGGGCCAGGGACCGCAGGGACCGACGGGAGCUAAUGCGAGUGUUGUUCGACAACGGCGCAGAUCGAGAACUCGAUCCCGCUCUCCAAGGAGAGACCGGCGCGACGAGAGAAGUCGGUCCAGAGAGCGGCGAAAGCGCAGCCCGUCACCGUACGAGGAUCGCGAUAAACGACGGCGUGUCGAAAGCUCUUCAUGA